UGUUGCAGGAAAAAUUGUGAGUGAGUCUGAGAGGGGUGUUGGAUGUUGAUGAGUUUCACCAUUCACAUAUGUCAGGUUUCUUAUCCUGUUAAGCAUUUCUCCUCGACCAUGGAGGAAAAAGGGGACACUUACCGGGAGAUGAAGCUUUUCCAUCAGCUGUGGCCUCUCCCCAGGCACCGCUCUCACAGUGACACCUCAGGAUUUCGCUCCCGGGUGAUGUGCAGGCUCCGAGGGGCCAGCUCAGUUGAUGGGUUGGAGAAAGCAUCAAUUGCAAGCUGUGAAGUUGCUGUGGAAAGUGCCUCUAAUACCCAAAAUGCCCCAGGAUCACGGCAGCAGCGAGGAAAGCUGUCAUCAAUAGGAAAACUGUUUAAACCCUGGAAGUGGAGGAAGAAGAAGACAAGCGACAAGUUCCAGGAUCUGUCAAUAGUUUUAGAGAGAAAAAUUUCCACCAGACAGACGAGGGAGGAACUGAUCAAGAAAGGAGUUCUUAUUCCUGACCAAGAGGAAACGAUUGGCAGUGAAAAUCUGAAUGGUCAUGCCACCGCAACGGAGACAGCAGAGGAGGUCAAAGUUGACAUUGAGACUCCAGACACAGCGCUGGAGGAACAGGCCACUAGGCCCGUCAGCACUGAGGACAAAACAGUCAAAUCAUCCCAUCCAAAGAAAACAGGAUCCACAACAAAAACGACCCCUGUCUUGACUUCCACCUCCAACUCCACCCCUCGUUCUCGUGUGUCUAAAGACGCUGCAGCACAUGCUGCUGGGACGGAUGGAAGGACCAGCCGGAAAUCAGACACUCCCACGUCUUCCUCAGUACCUCAAAAGGCCUCUGCAGAGACUCCUAGCCAGCCUGGAGAGUUAAAAUCCUCCCCUCUUUCCUCAGAUAGCAAGACAGCUGGUUCAUCUAAAGCCUCAGGCAGUGAGACAGGGGGGACUCAGGCUGCUUCUCAACCUGGUCCUGAGACUAAAUCUACUCCCAAUGCCUCUACUUCAACUGAGGAGACCCACAAAGAUAAGGCUCCUGAAGCCACGGUCCAGACUCCCCACAUCAACUCUGCUACAGAGGACACCUCCUUUACAGAGGGAGAGAACGACAGCUGCUCAAAGGAGGAGACAGAGAGGAGGACAGGGGGAGAGGGAGGAGAAGAAGAAAAGAAGAAAGGGGACGCAGAGUCUGUUGUGGAGAAUGGCCCAAGGUCUGCCGUGCGCCAAGCUGAAAAACCAGCAGGCCUGAGUGUCAACAUGGAGCAGCCCGAGGUGACAGUGAUCCCCGAUAGGCCGAGAGACAGCACAACUAGUGACUCUGACUCUGAUGGACCAAUCCUGUACCGCGAUGAGGAGGAGGAAGAGGAGGAUGAUGAGUACACAAACAGCGCUCUGGCCAUAAAGAUCCGCCGGCGAGACACCCUGAACAUCAAACUGGGGAACAGACCCAGCAAGAGGGAGCUGGAGGAGAAAAACAUUCUGCCGCGAAGCUCGGAGACGGAGAGACACGAGCUCCGCCAGCAGAUAGGCAGCAAACUGGUCAGGCGUCUGAGCCAGAGACCCAGCACGGAGGAGCUGGAGCAGAGAAACAUCCUCAAGCAAAAGAAUGAAGCAGAGGCACAAGAAGCCAAACAAGAGAUUAAGAGGAGACUCUCCAGAAAGCUGAGUGUGAGGCCGACGGUGGCAGAGCUUGUCGCUCGCAGGAUCCUACGUUUUAACGAGUAUGUGGAGGUCACGGACGCCAAGGAUUAUGACCGACGGGCGGACAAACCCUGGACACGGCUUACCCCAGCUGACAAGGCUGCUAUCCGUAAGGAGCUGAACGAGUUUAAGAGCCGGGAGAUGGAGGUUCACGAGGACAGCAAACAUUUCACCAGAUUCCAUCGACCCUAAUGGCUCUCACUGCCAGCUGGACGUCGGCACCACAAGCUCUCUAGUCCACAGCUCCCAGCAGUCUCCCCGCCCUCCACACCCCCCCAGUACCUGAUGAUGAUUUUUCUGUCUAGAGUGACUGCAGUGCUGCAGGUGUGUCUUAAGGCCUGGGCCAUCCAUGGACACCAGUGAAACUUUUGCACAGAUCUAUUAGAACAGUGGUGUGUACAUGGCUCUGAUUAUUUAUUAUUGAAGAGUUUUUUUUGUUUUGUUAUUUUGUUUCACUUCAGGCCAUGGGAUGAGUAGAUCCUCAGAGUAGUGAAUGUGCUUUAGCUGUAAGAGUGUGUGUACUUGCCAAGGUAUGCCUUGUCAGAAACUGCCAAAGGGCCAAAUAUGAUAUAUAGAUAUCAAAUGAAAAGCCAAUGGACAUCCUCCUACAGUCGGAAGCGGGAUAGAUGGGAUGGUUGCCUGUUGAUGUCAGUGCCUAUGUGAUGGAUCAGAGGAGAGAAGAGGCAGUUUGUUCUGCUGGGAUGUGCCUGAUCAAUCUGAUAUACUGCAGUUCAUUUUGCAACAUACAUAAGUAUAUUUGCCACUAGAGGGCAUUAUAGCAUAACAGUUAUGGAAUGCACAGAUACAGAGAUGUUUAUGUAGAGGAAGAAUAACCUGCGAGUGUUAUAGUUAUAUCUGCUGAGGCUGAAGGUUUCACCCGAAGCUUUCACAAUGAAGUGCAAUGGAUAUCAGUUCAAUUUGAGCCUAUUCUAAUCCCUCAGCACUCGUACUGAUGAGUCAUGAUCAUCAUGUACCAUCAGACAUGCUGUGUUGAGUGAUUAAAACCUUUGAUCGCAAAGUGCUCCACUUGCUUUUUUAGAAAAUCUAAUUUUCAAGUUUGACUUUGGGUUUUCUUUUAUUUCAGGCUUUUUCUGGCUCUCGCUCAGAGUGACUUUGUGCCAAUCAACAAGCAUGGCUUUGAUUGUAUGUUUGUGUUUUUACAUGAAAGUUUACAGGUUUGAUUUAGUUCGGCAGACUUCAUAUCCAGGUUUCAGCACUGAAGCAUUCAGCUAGUCUCCACCAGGAGAAGUGGUGGAGAAAGAACCUUAUUAUUAUCUGUUACCGUGAACAUGUUUUUUGGAGUUUAGUUUGUCAGACAGUGAUGGACACACAAGGAGGAAAACUCUGAUAAAAGAGCCCCAUGUACACCUAUACCCAGACAUGUUCCUUUUUAUUCCCAUCUGUUUUUAUUAGCACACAGUACGAUGUGUCUUUUGACUCCCAGAUGGUAUUAACAAUGAAGCUCCUCAUCAGUGAAUCAUUUGAACAUUUACAAUACAAAAAUACUCAAUUAAUUUAUUAAUUAGAAAUGAAAAUGUUCAGGAUCUAUUUUCAUAUUUGAUUGAACAUUUCAGUAUUCUCUCAAGAAAUACUCCACCGCUCCUUAAAAGGUGUUUCAUCAGACUCAGUACAAACAAGAUAACUGUUCGCUGCACGACUGAAGCACAUCAAAGAGAAUGUUCUUCUUUUCUCAAAUGUGCACACAAAGACAUUACGUGUAUUAGUGGAUUCAAUGUUUGAUGUCAAUGAAUUGUGAAUUAUUUGGAUCAUAAUUCAGCUUUGUUACACUUAUUGAUUUGCUGAUUCUUAGUGCUCCAUCCCAAAAACUCAUCACUCAAAAGAUAUGUUAAUGAAAGAUGUAACAGGGAUGAAUUAUUUAAAAAAAAAUUGUAUCAAUAUUUAGCAGAGUUAUCACAAAGACACAUCAGAAAGUAAGACAGCAAACGGAGAAUCUGAACAUAUAAGUCUUAAUAUAAAAUUAGCGAGGACUUCUCUAAGAUGAAAACAUUGCCCACAUUGCUCACUGAUAUGGAAGUUCAUAUUUGGAAUUCAAUAAAAGCAUAUUCCUCUCAGCAUAUGAAGACACUGAAGGAGAUGCUGGCGAUUAGUGAUCGAGGGUGCUGACGUCUAAAGGUUGUGUUCUCUUGAUAGACCUCCACUAAACUCUACGUUCUUCCAAACACAGAGAAAAGACGGAUUUGUUCUGAGGUUGUUACAUGAAGUGAUGUACAGAGAAGAAGAAACGACAGUAUUCAAUGAUGUCAAUUUCUAUGUUGUUCUAUAUAUUGAUGAUUUUGUACAGAAUGUAUAUCGAGCAUGUGCAUACUAUGAAAUCAAUUUGACUACCAAUAUGAUACAAUAGAACUUUGAUGUGAAUGUUUUAAGCUCUGAUUUUAGUUGGGGUUUUUUUGUCAUCCUAACACGAUGAAUAUGAAAUGAGCAGCACACGUAUAUGUGCCUACCUGCUUCCUAAUCAGACCAUGUAUAAGACGUUUUAUACGGAUGGUCAGUUUAAAAGCAAUUUUAAAUUCUUAACCGACCUCGCAUCUCAUUUAGUUCAUCGGCACCAACUGGAAAAAACAGACAGGAUAUGAGUUGAAAAGUGGAGCUCAUUAUUCGAUAUGUUUUAACACUCUUAAGAGUACAUUUGAGAAUUGAGUCAAAAGUCUGGCCAGGUAUUACAGCUUUGUUCUCGUUUCUCAUUGUUGAGAAAAUAUGGUUGAACAUCUUAGAAAUAAGACCCCAAAUGAAUCCAGAUAGUUAACGCAGUUACAAGUUUAUUGAUGUUUUAGCUCAAACUAUUAAAAUAUUGUAAGCAGUUUUUAAUGUUAUUCUUCAGCAACUAUUUGUAAAAAGUAUUUGAUUAUUAGCUGCCAAAGAGGCUGACAAACAUGAUAUGAAAACAUAAUUUAUUAAAUUAAAAAAAGAUAAAGCAGAGGAAAUAAGGGGUCAUCAUUUUAUCUUCUUAAUUUUUUAUAAACUAUAAUACUGACUGCAACACAAAAGCUGACACGCUUUCAUAUAAUAAUAAUAAUUUAUAUAUAAUAGCUAAGGUAGAAAUCAAAGUGUUACAGAAAAAAAAAAAAAAAACCCUGUGUAACAGGGGCGUGUCCAGACUUUUUUGAUUGGGGUGACCCACCUGGGGCGCUGACUUCUGAAGAGGAGGCAUGAAGUUUGUGGCCACACACGCAAAUUAUUUUAAUUUUCAACCGUUUUCUAUCCCCAAUAAUGAUAUGUACUAAUAUGUAACACAAUCUGAGCUUGAUUCUUUAGGGACUCAAAAACAAAGACGUAUGUGAAAGUCACAAUUUGAACUUAGCAAAUCGCAGUCAAACACUUGUACGCACUUACUUGCAAAAAAUACAUUUAUUGGUAAGUUAUUGCAGGGUAGAUGUUGUGCAUGAGUUUUUGCUUAAACUUUUUAUGGAAAGAGCAAAGUAUGUGACGGAUUUAUUUACAACCAAAACUACUAGCAAAAGAAGUUACUACAAUUGCAUGUUGAAAACAUCCAGAAUAGUUGUAAUUUAAGUCCCGCCUCUGAUUAGGCAAAAAGCCAAUCAUAUAUUUGGAUGUUGGGGUGGCCAAUCAGAAUUUAAGGGGGGCCCAUGCCACCCCUCUGGACACGCCCCUGCUGUGUAAAGUCAGAUCUUAUCUCUUCAAAACAUGAAGGUGACUUCAUUAAUCUGUAAGUAUUGAAUGAGCUGUCCUGGACUGUCAUCACAUCCACAUGGAUUGAACGUGUUCUGCAUCAUUCCAAAUAUUUUACUACAUAGUUUAUAUGGCAUCCAGACUAAGCAGUUGUGAGCCUUGGCAGUGUGUGUUUGGUCAUAAACAGUCAGUUCUAAUCACAGGGAGCCAGUCCUGUCCAAUCCUUUAUGGCUGCUGUCUGUUUCAUCUCAUCAUUCAUCUGUAGCUUGUGGAGCUGGGAGGUUAACAACAUAAAACUUCUGCAAUUAGACCCAAGGGAGCAUUCAAAGUUUUUUUUGUUUGCUGCAUUUUUUUACAAGUUCAAAUUUUUUAAUCAAACAUGCGUUUACAUUUUCAAAUGUAUUCCUCUGAAAUAGCAGUUUAGUUGGGUUCAAACAUUAAUGGACACUAAGACUUGCUUUCCCAGCUAUUCCUUAUAAUCAACAUGACUGAAGAAGACUUCCAACAGUUGAUGAAAACGAGCUGAAGGUGUUUGUUGAAGCUUCCUAUCAUUCCCCCACAUUAAAGAGAAAACCCAUUUUCUGCUGAGCCAGAAUCAGGGUGCUGCUGCUUUUGUUCGUAAUUGAGAGACUUUAAUUUUUAACAUGUAAAUCUAUUCAUUCAUGAAACUCACUGUGAGGUUUCAGGAUUUAUUUGGGAGUCACAAUAUUUACCAUCUGACUUAAACAUUCAGUCAGUGUCGGGGGGGUUUUAAGUCGUGGGAUGAUGAUGAUGCUGUAUAUUCCAAAAAAAAAACAGCUACUGUUACGUCCAACAUGUGUAUAUUGUUUUUGUAUAUAAAGAAUAAUUGAAAACAUU